UAUACUCCCACUAUUCCAGAUGAAUUAGUGGAGCAUUACUUGGGUAAAAGUGGUUUCCAAUGCCCUGACGUUCGAUUAAUAAGGUUGGUGGCAGUUGCCACACAGAAGUUUAUUGCAGAUGUUGCCACCGAUGCUCUCCAUACUAUUUUUAAAGUCCAAAAAUCAAAUCUGGAGCGGAAAUUCGGGUUACUUACUGAGGAUUUCGAACUGCAAAUUUUGAACUCCAUUGCGGGUGCUUCGAAAGUCCGAUACAGGUGAUUUGAAUCCUCAAAGUUAAAAAAAAUUGGCUAUUCAAACCUUCUGGGAGUUGAAACUUGAAGCUACAUUUUGAGGUUACAUUGAUUUGAAUGUCUGAAACUUGAAGAAAAGCGCUCUGCUAUUGAUGUAAUUUCGAAGCUCAAAACUGAAAAGCCAUCCGCCAUCUUUCUUUGGUGGUGGUGGCUUUGUAAAGCUUUUUAGAAAUAUGGAUGAAUUACUCAAAAAUUGGUACUUUAAAUUACGUGUAAGAAAUCUGGAAAAAAAUUGAGUAUAAGCAAUUUGCAAUAGCGAAGAUGAGAAAGAAGAUGGCUAGUUGUUGCAAUGUGACAGAGAAGAAGAAAAGAUAAGAAAGAAAAAGAAAAUAAAAAUAAAAGAUAAUGUUAAUUAAAUAAUGAAUAAAAAGAAAAUAUAAAGAGUAAAACAAAAAAAGAAAAGAAGAAAAACACAUGUCAAUACAUGAUUGGUGCGUGCCAUAUAUUAUUUUGGUUGAAAGUGGUGCUAACCACGGAAGGUGGUAUUUAUUAUAUUUUGAACAAAGACAAGGGGGUCAUAGGACCCCCGCAAAUUUUGAAAGUGCAACUGGCAAAGUGGGACAGCCCCAAGGGGGUAAUGAUGUAUUAUCCCUAAAAAUUACUAUUAUAUAUCACUUAUAAUCAUUGGUAGUGUCAGUGUCUCCCUCAUUAAGAUAAGAGGGCAUGGGCUCAAAGGUGCAUUUCGGAAGAUAUCCCUUAAAACCUUGGUGCUUGCAUUGAAGUGCUGCCUAGCAAGAUGAAGUGUCUAACUUACUUGACACCUAGUUUUGAGUUUAACCAUGUCUCAGCGUGCUUUUAACAACAUUAGGAUUUUGUCACACCUCCUUUUAAAAUAAGAUAAAAAUACUACACAAUCCAAAGCUAAU